GAUAUGCCUUUAGUAUGUAAAAUAUAUGCAAGAAGUUUUUUAGAGUUAUUGCUCAUUGCGAUAAAGCACGGGAAAAGCGGACUUUUCCUAACUCCACACUCGGGUACAAACUCCCGUUGGUGGAGAACGGCCAAUACUCAUCAAUAUUUUCUUCUCCUACAUCUCAGUUUGUUAAUCAAUCAGUCAACAUUUAACCUUGUUAUCUCUAAAACUCAGACAGAAAGCAUCUCAGAGCGUUUUGUGUAAAGUUGUCAUAAAAGCAAAAGUAAAGCAUAUCAAAUUUGACAAUAAUUUUGUACUCCGUAUAUGGUGUUAUUCUAUGAUAAAUAUUUACCCUAAAAAUGUCACGACUUAAAAAAAAAAGUAACGGACAUAGAAAAAGACUGUUCAGUAUGCGAUGAACAAGAAACUUCAGCAACUGAAAACGGCAUGGAAACACAUGAAAAGCUAUUUACAACCGAAUCAGAGUUGAAUAUUAUCUGUAAAUAAUAUCACGUCCAGGGCAAAAAGAAAAGAAAUUAUCGUUGACAGCAAAGAGUGAGACUGAUGUAGAGAACCAACGUAUCGAAAGUGAGCCCGAUCGGAUAGUUUGCAAAGAAAUAGAUGCAAGUCCCAAACCUGGCAGGACAUCAGACGAAAUUAUAUGAGAGUUCAUCAUUUUAUAUACAUUUAGUUAUAAAUUAACCAUUAUCUAAGUUAAAUCAUGCAAACAAUUACUUCUUUAAUCACCGGUCAUUUUAACCGCACACGGUAGAAAUAGAUAUACACGAAGUGUCAAUAGGUUUAGUGUUAAUCCCAUUAUAUACUUUGAAUUGAUAUUUAUAUAAAUAUAUAAAUAUUUCAGACAAGGAGGUGUAGGAAUAUUUAAAGACAUUUGACGUGAUCGGACUCACAGAAACAUGGAUAGAGGAAGACAAUUGGGAAAAAGUAAAAAAAAUAAAUAUUUCAAAUGUAAAAUAAUUAUUCUUUGAAAAUUAUUUAUAAUAAAAUAUUAAAUUACAAAUGUUUUUGAAAAGUAAAAUCGUUAUAAAAUAAUACGUUAUUUCAAAUAUGUAAUAUUUCAGAUAGUGUUAAUUCAUAUUCAUGUUCUGUUCUAAUUCAAACUCCUAAAACUGUAUUCAUAUCUCUCCAGGUUUGCCCUGAAGCAGAUGCGCUGGAAUAUCGAUUUCCGUGUUUUCAUAGCCAGUCAUUGCUUUCUACCAUUUCACAUAUGUAUAGCAAAUUCAUCAGUCGGUAAAUCAUUAACCAGAGAAAAUUAAUUACAAAUUUUUAGGAUCAUGUUAAAUUUCUAUCUUUGGUCAACAUAAAUUAUCGAAGAUCAUAAACUAACUGAGUGAUAUAAUGAAUUAUUCACAUUGAUAUAUCUUCAGAAAAUCUGUAUGUCCAAUCUAAGUCAAGAAGUUUCGUAAGGAAAUGUUAGUAAAUUGUACUACGAGAAAUACUGGCCCUAUACCAGCGUAUGGUACAACGAGGUAUAGUGGAGUAAUUAAUUUGGAGGGAAAUGGCAAUAAAUACUUUAUCAAUUCUCCACGCAACGCGUAUAUUGGACUUUUACCACCAUGCACGAAGACAGAUAAGUGGUCAAAGAAAUCGAGAAACAAUAGAACUAUAGAAAAGGAAGACGGCGUGUGCAGAAAUUCCACAGAAUCUACUAUUCUAUCAAUUUGUGGAACCAUCAGAAAAGAAAGCAGCCAUUGUACAUGUAAGGACGAAGCGUCAUGUAUCUGCUUAGAAAACGAAAGAAAAUUAAAAUCAUUGGGCGAAGACUGUUCAGAUUGUUGCACGAAUUGGAAAGAAAUUCAGAAAUUGACAGAUACUUCUGAAACGAAAUUAACAGAUUCAUUCGAGAGACUGCUUAAUUGUGUAGAAAAUAGUGGAGACACAAGCAUGUAUCUAGAUCUAUUUGAACCUCAUCCUAGAGAAGAGCAGCGAAUAAAAGGAAAAGAUUCGGUACCGCUUGGAUACAAUGUGACUUUAAUUCUUCCGCAAUGUGUUUGCUUAAAAAAUUAUCAAAAAACCAAACAAAUCGAAAAUGAAAGUGAAGAUACUAUUCGUGAUGAAAAAUCUGAAACUUUAAAUGACUUAAUAUGUGCGCCUAGUAUUGUAGACCUUUCGUGGAAUAUAAUGCAAUCUGGAAUGAUUGAGAAAAUACCAGAGAAAUACACAACCAAUAUUUUUGAGAAUGAAAAGAAAGAGCCAAUAGGUACAGAAGUAUGUUCUGAUGUCCAAAGAAACCUAUGUACAGAAGGAAAUUCUCAAACAACAUACUGUUUACAUAAAGCAUUUUUGGAAAAGAUAAACAAAUCAUAUUUUUCGAUGUAAUUGAUAUAAACAGUUUAUGUAUAAACAUAAAAGAUUAAUAAUGUUAUUUAUAAAAUAAUAUAAUUUGCAUUGAGAUAAUUAUUUGGUAAUAAUAAAGAACUAUGUAUAUAAUACGCACAUGUAUAUAUUAAUAUGCAUAUUAUACAUAGGAUCCACUAU